AUGCCCGCACCCCGAAAAAAGAAGAUCAAAUCAUCGGCCCAGGGAAUCAUCAAUGCCGCCUGGGAGCCCCUCUACCAGAAUCAGCCCCUCCGGCCUCUCAGGGUCCUCCCUAACAACCCUGUUCCAACCUCGACAACUGCUUCUGUGCAGGAUGAGCUGUUCACAGAGGGUUACGAGCGUGUCGCCCGGAAGUGCAAGAAACGUGUCCUCGAGAUAGUUGAGGAAUGUAGGCGAAGCAACAAGCGGUAUCUAGACGAGAACUUUGACUUGAGCCACGACUUGCAAGUGAAAAACGGGGAUACGCUGAACUACCUGGGGAACACCAUGUUUAAGCUAAACACGGAUACAAUGCGCGAUCCCAAAUCCGACAUACCCAAGGAUGUCAAGCGCGUACACGAAAUCUUUAACAAGCCGACGUUCAUGAAGAAUGUUAGCGGGUCAGACGUUAGGCAGGGCAGUCUGGGCGACUGCUGGCUAAUUGCCAGUUUCAGCUGUUUGGCGAAUAUCAAAGGGGCGGUUAACCGAUUGUGCGUUGAGCACGACGCAAGAAUUGGGGUUUAUGGUUUCGUGUUUUACAGAGGAAUGUAUGUAACGCGGAAACUGUUAAACGGCGAAUGGGCCCACUCCAUCGUCGACGACCAGCUUUACCUCAAAUAUCCUCCUUGGAAUCGCCGUGGCACAGAACGGUAUCUUAUCGAGAAGCUCGACAAUGACCAAAUAGAGGGAGAGGCCCUUUACCGCGAUACAUACCAAACCGGUUCCAAGGCUUUGUUCUUCGCGCGGAAUGUGGAUCAGAAUGAGACAUGGCUGCCAUUAGCGGAAAAGGCGUUCGCCAAGAUCCACGGUGAUUACGCUUCGUUGGACGGCGGUUCGAUCUGCGAAGGGCUCGAGGAUUUCACUGGCGGUGUCACUAUGGACUGGCUGUCAUCCAACAUUCUGGAUCCUAACACGUUUUGGGAUGACUAUCUUUGCAAAGCUAACCAGGAGUUUUCGCUUUGCUGUCUGGCUGGCCCAUUCGGCGAUGGGGAAGGACAGUGGAAUGGCAUUGUGGAGUGCCACGCAUAUACCGUCAUAAAAGCAUGUGCAACCAGCGAUGGCACCAAGCUAGUCAUGCUCAGAAAUCCCUGGGGUACAGGCGAAGGCGUCUGGAAAGGCCCGUACUCGGACGGGUCCAAGGAAUGGACUCCCGAGUUGCAAAAGGAGCUACAGCACUCGUUCGGCAGCGGCUCAUAUUGGAUGACCUACAGUGAUAUGCUGUCCAAGUGCCAAUACAUCGGCUGCACCCGCCUCUUGCGCGAGGACGGUUGGCGCCACUCCCAGCGCUGGAUCUGUGUCGACGUGCCAUGGCACACGCAAUGGCAGGAGAAGUUCCACAUACGCCUGGCCCGCAAUGCGCCUUUGGUGGUCCUCACGCUUUCGCAGCUCGACAGCCGCUAUUUCAAAGGCCUGGAGGGCCAACACUCGCUCGAACUGCAGCUGCGCGUCUUUAAGCAGGGGGAGUCCAAUCUGGAGAAUUACGUUGCGCGUUCGCACAAGUCCUUCAUGGAGCGGUCAGUUAGCGUCGAAAUCCCGGAUAUUGCGGCCGGCGACUACUCCAUCUGGGUUUCGGUAGAGGCUCAACGAAGGCCGGGCGACCCAAAAAGCGUCGCCGCUGUGGUAGAGCACGAGUGCCGCAGCAAUGAGCGAAAGGAAAAGUUCCAGCAGGCCGGGCGCGCCUACGACCUAGCCCACACCAAGGCUGCCCAGUACCUAGAGGUGGCAAGACGACAUCUCCCAGAGGGCAAAAACAAGCGCAAAAGGCGCAAGGCGGGAAGCAAGGCGGGGAGCAAGGCCGCGGCAGAGAGUGCUAAAAAGAAAGCUGCCGAGAAGCAAGCAUCUGAGAAAGUCGAGGAUUUGGAAGAGCCGAGGCCGGAGCCGUGGAACAGGGUCUGUUUGUUGGGCUUCCGCGUGUGCAGCAAAGACGAGGGGCUCGAGCUGCGCGUCGUUAUAGACGGUAAGGCACUGGAGGAGUGCGGCAUAAGCGAGAAGGGUGUUGCGGGUUUGGCCUGGGGAGCGGGAGGUGAUGGCGGAGCGAAGAAGGACGAGGCGGAGCAUGAUGAGGUGGAUUUGUAG